AUGCCUUCCAAAAACCUACUUUUCCCCUUCCUGAUCUUCCAAUUCCUCUUCAUCAACCUCCAACCGCCGUCUUCCUUUUCCUCUCCCUCCGCCGCCGCUGCCGCGGCCUCCGCCCCGGCACCGCAAAGCUCCCUCCUUUUCAGAGAAUACAUCGGCGCAGAGUUCAACGGCGUCAAAUUCUCCGACGUCCCCAUAAACCCCCACGUAAACUUCCACUUCAUCCUCUCCUUCGCCAUAGACUACACUCCCGACGGAAAUUCCUCAACCAACGGCCUUUUCAACGUCUUCUGGGACAGCCAAAACCUCUCCGCUUCUCAAGUAAACCUCAUCAAACAAAACCAUCGCAACGUAGUCGCCCUUAGCCUCGGCGGAGAUACCGUCAAUGGCCAAUUCGCCUACUUCAAUCCCAUCUGUAUCGACUCAUGGGUCAGCAACGCCGUCUCCUCCCUCACCAAAAUCAUCAAAGAAUACAAUUUGGAUGGAAUCGAUAUCGACUACGAGCACUUCAGCGCUGACUCCUACACCUUCGCAGAGUGCAUUGGAAGGCUAUUGAAGACUCUUAAAUGCAACAAAGUCAUAUCUUUUGCUUCAAUAGCGCCUUACGAUUACUACGACGUGCAGAGCCAUUACAUUGCUCUGUGGGAAAAACAUGGCGAAUUUAUCGACUACGUCAAUUUUCAGUUCUACGCUUAUCCAUCGAACACAACAAUUUCACAAUUUCUGAACUAUUUUGAUAUACAAUCUGCAAACUAUGAGGGAGGAAAGGUGUUAGUGAGCUUUUCUAGUGAUGCCAGUAGCAGUGGAGGGUUGCCGCCGGAGAAAGGUUUCUUCACUGCGUGUGAAUGUCUGAGGAGGGAGGGAAAGCUUCAUGGAAUCUUUGUAUGGUCUGCAGAUGAUUCAGUGAAGUAUUGCUUCAGGUAUGAGGAGUUCUAUCAAAAUAUUCUUGCUGGAUAUUUCUGA